GAGUGGGCCAAACACCGGAAGAACGACAAACCGGAAAAAUUGUCGGAAGAAGAGUGGGAGGAUUUGAAGGACAUGGCAACAAGUACAAUGUGCCUAUGCCUUGCAAAUAAUACUCUUCGGGAGGUUCUCGGUUUGACGGACCCGGUGGAUAUUUGGGACAAGUUGGAGAGCCGGUACAAGUUGAAAUCGUUGACAAGUAGGCUAUACUUGAAGAAACAAUUGUUUGUUAUCCAAAUGGCGGAGGAAGCUAACUUUAAUGGACACUUGGAUGAAUUCAACAAGAUUACAACAGAGUUGGAAUCCAUUGAUGUGGAGAUUGAAGAGGAGGACAAGGCGCUGCUUUUGUUGGCUUCAUUGCCUUCAUCUUUUGACAACAUCGUGACCACGCUUUUGUUUGGAAAAGAGACCUUAAAAUUUGAUGAAGUAGUUGCUGCGUUGUUGAUGAACGAGACUCGGCGAGGUGGCAACGGGGUAUCAAAUGACGGUCAAGCUUUGGUAGCAAAAGGAGCUGGUCGGGAACGAGGACGGUCUAAAGAGAGGGGCGGCGUGUCCCAACGCUUCAAAUCGAGUAUUAAAAGCUUUCGGUGUUACUACUUCGAUGAAGAGGGUCAUUUAAAAAGGGAUUGUCCAAAGAGGAGGAAGGAAAAGAAGGACGGGAAAACACCCGUGACUGCGGUUGCAGAAAGUUCGAACCAAGCAAGUGAAGAAGACUUGUUUUUGGCAACCACAAAGAGUCUAGGUAAAUCGGAUUGCAUAUUAGAUUCGGGUUGUUCGUUUCACAUGUGUUCAGUUAAGGAACAGUUUGAUACGUAUCAAACUUGUGAUGGGGGUGCUGUGAAGAUGGCAAAUGGUGCACGGAGCAAGAUUGCAGGGGUCGGAACAGUGCAAGUUCGCAUGUUUGAUGGCGUGGUGAGAACAUUAACUGGAGUGAAACAUGUACCGGGUCUAAAAGGAAAUUUGAUUUCAUUGGGGGCUUUAGAUUCAGAAGGCUGCCGUAUUUUUGUUCAAGGUGGAGUGUUAAAAAUUUCUAGGGGAGCAAUGGUGGUAGCAAAAGGAGUUUUGUCAAAGGGCUUGUAUAAACUUGUUGAAAAAGAUUUGACACGGAAGGUGCCAGAAGGAAAAAUUACAAGUGCAACGAGCGGAGCAUUUGCAUUGAAGAAGCGGGUGACGUUUGAAGCUUCUCCAGUUGGUGGAAACUGUGACCUCGCCGGAACGAGCGAGGUGGAGCCGGACCAAGUUUUAUUAUUUAAUCAAGGUGGAGUUUGUUGAGAAAAAGGUCAGCAGUCUGCAGACCACAUCUGCACACAUAUGCAGAAGAAGAGUUGGACCAAAGGUCUGCAGUCUGCAAGAGGAAGACUGUUUGUUUUUUAACUUCUGUAGAUUUCUUAAAUAAAUUGAAAUUAAAAAUAAACAGAUUUUUAAAGCAAUCAAUAUUUUUUAAACAUUUAAAUUUAAUCAAGAGUUCUACAACACUGAAAUAACAACAAUAACAUUUUUUAAAAUAACAAUUUUUCAAAUAAUUUAUUUCGCACUUUGCAUUAAGUGCUCAGCAAUUUUUUAAAUAAUUUAUUCCGCACUUUUCAAAUAAUUUAUUCCACACAUUGCAUUAAGUGCUCAGCAAUUGAACUACUACAACAAUCUUUAGCAACAAUUCAUAAUAAAUUGUUGACUAUUGU